AUGGUGAAGUUCGAAGGAGAUUUUAGCAUAAAUGCUAUACUGAUGAAUCAUGCGGUUGCGAAAUCACCGCCAUCGCCCACUGCAUCGUCAACGGCCACCCCAUCGGAGGCCGACUUGAGCGACUCCGAGCUCGAUGUCACGGGAACCGAGCCCGUCGACUGCACUAAGCCUAAAGGAGAUGAAGAGAAGAAAGACAAAAAACACGAAAAACCAGCGUACAGCUACAAUGCUCUUAUCAUGAUGGCGAUCCGCAACAGUCCUGAAAAACGGCUAACGUUGAACGGUAUCUACGAGUACAUUAUGACCAACUUCCCAUACUACAGAGAGAACAGGCAAGGCUGGCAAAACUCUAUCCGCCACAACCUCAGUCUCAACAAGUGUUUUGUGAAAGUGCCGCGUCACUACGACGACCCCGGGAAAGGAAACUACUGGAUGUUGGAUGCGUCAGCAGAAGACGUCUUCAUUGGCGGUACUACAGGCAAGUUAAGGAGACGUUCAGCUCUCAACGGCCGCUCUCGUCUCGCUUGCUUCAAGCGUCCACUGUUCCCCGGCGCACCCAUAACCGGGCCCUACCCACCAGCAACGUAUUCUCAACUAGUAGGACUUUACUCACAAUUAUUAUAUCAAAGAUACGCGCCGAUGCAAAUGAAAACUCCACCGGUUGCUCCGAGUGCUGUCCAUCCAGCGUUUAGAGGGGAAAUGAGCUACGGAAGCUUGUCCUACUCUCCGGCGUUAUACUCGGAUAGACUUCCAAGUGCCCAAUUUCUGGGACAAUCUUCGCUACUGCAGAACUCAUUGGGACAAACAUCAAUGUUAUCACAGUCGUCGCUGAUGCCACCUUCUCCUCCGAUGAUGGCUCAUUCUCCCCCGACUUCGGGAGCCUCAAGUCCUGAGCUCCCAUCGCCAUCCCACCACCCCCUCACCCCACAUAUUUACAAACCCGUGACGGUGUUAACGCGACAA